GACCUGGACUGUAUUUAAAGGCCUUUCUCCUGGCCUCUUGGAGCUGACAUGAACAUCUUUACUAAAGUCUACGGACUAGCCCAACAAACCAGCAAGCUGGGGUCUGUGCUCCAACGUGCCUUCUACGGGUCCAGUGGGAGGGUGACCCUUUUCGAACAGCGUAAUUUUGCCGGCAGACGUCUGGACCUGAGUGCCGACUGCCAGAAACUAAGCGACAAGAACUUCCCAGAGAGAUGCAACUCUGUGCAGGUGGACAGUGGAGCAUGGGUGGGCUAUGAGCAUGAGAACUUCAGAGGGCGCCAGUACCUGUGGGACAUGUCAGAGAGGGGAGAGUACAACUGCUACGACAAGUGGUGUGCCCAGGUGGACCAUGUCUCCUCGGUGCGCUCAGUCAAACAGGACUCGUCUCCUGCGCGCGCCCAUCUGUUUGAGAGGGCUGGGUUCUCUGGUAAGAGGACAGAGCUACAGGAUGACAUCCCUAACAUGAUGACUCGCUACAGUCUGAACAGGGCCGCCUCUAUCCGUGUCCUGGGAGGAGUCUGGGUGGUGUACCAGGAGCCCAACUACAGAGGUCCUCACUAUGUCCUGGAGAAACGUGACUACAACAACGCCUCUGACUGGGGCUCCCAGAGCAGCACUGUGGGCUCCAUGCGCCGGGUCCAGUUCAAUAACUAACUAACUAACUCUGUAAGCCCCCUAACCUCGUACACCCCCCUGCCCUAACCCCCCGCCACCACCCCUCCCCUAACCAACAGGAGGACUCCACACCUGCACCCCUUGGACGUGACCACAUACUCUGUCAGCUUAACACACACACACACAUUAUGCAAAACUACCAGAAACCUAUUUUAAUAAUAAACAGUGAAAAGACAA